GCGAGCGAGCGAGCGAGCGCGGGGGAAGCGGCGCCGCGGCGGUGUCGCUGAGGGCGGACGGCGUCGGGUUCGCUGGGCAGUGCGGCCGUCGCCGCCUGGCACGCGGGGCGCGCCUUGACCCUUCCUGCACUGCAGGCUUCAGACGCGCACGGCAGCGUCCCGAAGGCCGCGGCUGGCCACGCGGGAGUAAGCUCGCUCCGACCCGACCUGGCGCUGCCCGAGGAGCGGCAGCUCCGGAAGACGCGUCCCGGGCGUGGGCCGAGGGCUGUGCGGGCCGCCUGCCCCUCUGCACCGAGCGGCGGAUAUUUUAAAGAAUUGUUGAAGACGAAGGUUUUUAUUUUUGUAUGUUUUUUAAUGGCUAUGCAGAAUAUUAAAUAGAAUACAGUUUGACAUGACGACGAAAAAUGCUGGUUUGACAUCCACAAAUGCAGAACUGAGGGCCUUUAUAGAUCAGAAUUUCAGUCCAACGAAAGGUAACAUCUCACUUGUUGCAUUCCCAGUUUCCAGUACCAACUCACCAACAAAGAGUUUACCGAAGACCUUAGGGCCCAUAAAUGUGAAUGUUGGACCCCAAAUGAUUAUAAGCACACCACAGAGAAUUACCAAUUCAGGAAGUGUUCUGAUUGGGAGUCCGUAUCCCCCUGCACCAGCAAUGGUCACUCAAACACACAUAGCUGAGGCUGCUGGCUGGGUUCCCAGUGAUAGAAAACGAGCUAGAGAAUUUAUAGACUCUGAUUUUUCAGAAAGUAAACGAAGCAAAAAAGGUGAUAAAAAUGGGAAAGGCUUGAGACAUUUUUCAAUGAAAGUAUGUGAGAAAGUUCAGCGGAAAGGCACAACAUCAUACAAUGAAGUAGCUGAUGAGCUGGUGUCCGAGUUUACCAAUUCAAGUAACCAGCUGGCAGCUGACUCGCAGGCUUAUGAUCAGAAGAACAUUAGACGAAGAGUUUAUGAUGCUUUAAAUGUGCUAAUGGCAAUGAACAUAAUUUCAAAGGAAAAAAAAGAAAUCAAGUGGAUUGGCUUGCCUACCAAUUCCGCCCAGGAAUGUCAAAACCUGGAGAUAGAGAAGCAGAGACGGAUAGAACGGAUAAGGCAGAAGCGGGCCCAGCUACAAGAACUUCUCCUUCAGCAAAUUGCUUUUAAAAAUCUGGUACAGAGAAAUCGACAAAAUGAGCAACAAAACCAGGGCCCUCCAGCUCUGAAUUCCACCAUUCAGCUGCCAUUUAUAAUCAUUAAUACAAGCAGAAAAACAGUCAUAGAUUGCAGCAUCUCCAGUGACAAGUUUGAAUACCUUUUUAAUUUUGAUAAUACCUUUGAGAUCCAUGAUGACAUAGAAGUACUGAAGCGGAUGGGAAUGUCCUUUGGUCUGGAGUCAGGCAAAUGUUCUCUGGAAGACCUGAAAAUUGCAAAAUCACUGGUUCCGAAAGCAUUAGAAGGCUAUAUCACAGAUAUCUCUACAGGACCUUCUUGGUUAAAUCAGGGACUACUUUUGAACUCUACCCAAUCAGUUUCAAAUUUAGACCUGACCACUAGUGCCACCGUACCCCAAUCAAGUGUAAACCAAGGGUUAUGCUUGGACGCUGAAGUGGCCUUAGCGACUGGGCAGUUCCCUGCCCCAGACAGUCACCAGUCCAGUAGUGCGGCAUCUCACUGCUCUGAGUCCCGCGGCGAGACCCCUUGUUCAUUCAACGAUGAAGACGAGGAAGAUGAGGAGGAAGAUUCCUCCUCCCCAGAAUAAAGACAGGAAAAAACUCAUGUUUUAACAUUUGAUGCCCAUGUGUGUCUUUAGUGUGAGCUCUUGUGUUUGAAACGAUUGCUUCAGUCUUUGCCUUUGUUUGCAUUUGUGUUUAGUGAAAACUAGAGAAACACAAUAAGCAAAUUACAUGAAGGCUGAGAUGAUUGAAAUGAAAGUUAACGUAGCGUGAAUGAAAACUGAGCAACAGAGCAGUAGGUUACAUCGCCAACAAAGCAUGCUUUCUGAAGAGGGGGAGUAAUCCAUGAAGAACAGCAGUAAUGAAGUUUGUUUUCAGGGAGGAGGGUUUUGAAGACCCCACAAUGUGAGCAUUUAGACUUGAGAUCGCUGCAAGGAGCAGUAUGCAGCGAUGAUGUUUUUCUCCCUUGCUGGGCUGUCUUUUAUAGACAAAAGUGAACUUGAAAGUCCCAGUGGGUGUACAGUGAGGGAUGAAGAUUGCAGGCUUUGUGGCCUGAGGCGCACAGAUGAACUGCUGAGCUAGCUGGAAGUCUAGCUGAGGUGCUUCGCGCGUCUGCUGCCUUAGCUUCUAGAAGGGAGCAAGCGCUACCUUAUAAGUACCUAGGUGACAUUUAGAAUAAUUUACAGUAAACUGAAGUGACCAUUUGUCAAUGCAUUGGUGCAUAGGAGUUUUUAGGGCUGCUUCUGGAAGCCAAAGUAGAAUAGCAUUUCCAUGCAUUAAAAACUUCGCCAGCACUGCCUUCUGCCAGCAUUCUAGACUUGGAGUUUCACUGAGAAGGAAACUGUAUUUAUAGUUUUAAUCAAAGCUAUGCAUUUCAUAUAGCUUUUUAAUUUACAGUGAAACAAAGAAGCAAAUUCUUUGACCAAAUUGCUUGUUUAUAGCUGUCUGCAGUACUGUAUGAUUUUACCCAUGUGCAAUUUGUUAAAAUGAACCAAAUGUCAUUACUUUUGUCUUUACUUCAAGAAUAUGAACAUCAUUGUUCUCUUGUACAUGUUAUCGUUUUCAUAUUUUAAUUAUCAAAAUGACCUUAUCAGAUUUAUUCCUGGGUAAAUUGCAUUUCAAACUAA